AUGCAAGCUCAAAGGGAGGCUGCGCUUCCACCGAUGUACAAAUUUGGAGAUAUGGACCUCAAGCCGGGCACCUGCGUGGAGCUUCGUGAGCCAUUUGGCAACUGGAAGGCUCAAUUUGUCGAUAUCGGGUCCAUCUGGGUUUCCAAAUCUGAUGGCAGCGUGAUCAUCCGUGGGCUCGGAUACACCCGCAAUCGCAACCUGCGCGGCAUGCUGAAGAAACGGUUAAAUGAAGUGAGCCAGGUCCUCGAGACCGAGUUUCACGAUCAGCGCCCUGCAAAUGUUCAAUGUCAAAUCGAGUUCAGCCCUAAAGACAUCUUGAGACUGCGGACACUUGUCAAGACAAACGCUAUGUGGGACGUUUACAACUACGUCAACUACCGACGGUGGCGCAAUAAGACAGUCCAAGAGCGGGAGACAAAAGCACCUUUGGUGUGUCGCGGGAAGUUCUGCGUACAGUAUCGGGACGCUCGCGCCCGAAGAGACAACAAACCUAGCCACGACAGAGCAUACAUCCGAUUGAGAGAGGCAGAGGCUGAUGAGGGAAAACGCGAGUCGGACAAAGCACUUAGAUUCAACUGGCGGGGCAAAACCCAACGCGGCGGUUCCCACAAGCCCUCUGCGUCCGGACAAGACCAGCGAUUUACAUUUGGUGACACUUUCUGCGGUGCGGGCGGUGUUUCCCGUGGCGCAGUCAUGGCUGGUUUCAAGCUUGUAUUUGGUGUGGACAACUGCCCUGCUGCCUGUGCGACAUAUCGACGCAACUUUCCAGGUGCCCAUACGUUUGAGCAACACAUCACUGACUGGAUUAAUGAUGCUGCAAUCCACUGGACGACUCACCCGAUUGACAUCCUUCAUCUGUCCCCACCAUGCCAACCUUUCAGUCCACAGUCGUACUCGCAUGCAAGUGCUGGGCGAGUAAAUGAGCUAGCCCAGGACGCAUUCACCGCUUGCGAGAAGAUCAUCGACAAGUGCCGCCAAAGGUUGUUGACCCUCGAAGAGACAUUUGGGAUCACACACGAUACGCACGAAGGGUUUAUGAAUAAUCUGGUCCAAGGCCUCACGGAGCUAGGAUACUCCGUGCGCUGGAAGGUGGUUCCCCUCGUGGAAUACGGUUUGCCACAGACUCGGAAGAGGUUCAUCAUGAUCGGUUCCUGCCCCGGAGAGCCGUUGCCCCCGUGGCCCCCGGCUACCCACGCCCGGACGCCGACUGGAAGUCAGAAGCCUUUCGUGACGGAAGCUCAGGCCAUUCGAGGUCUCAGCCGCCGAGACCCACUGCACGAUGUGGCACGCGCCACCCUUCGAAACGACCAGCCACGUGAUGGCAAUGCUCCUCUGCCAAAGACCAUCACAUGCGGGGGUGUUCAGGGCGUCUCACACUUCAGUGGACUCCGCGACUACACGUUGCGUGAGAUUGCUUGUCUACAGGGCUUUCCAGUCUCGCAUCAAUUCGAGGGCAACAAAACCCAAAUAAGAAAGCAGAUCGGCAAUGCUUUCCCUUCCUGUGCUGUGAAAGAGAUCUAUGACCAUCUCCGGGCCUGGCUGGAGAAGGUGGAUGGUGUCCAGAGGGCUCCUCCCACCCAUGCUGAGGCGCCGCGCGUCCCAGCACCACGACGUGCCGGACCACCAGUUGUCCGUCCCCGAGACUUACCAUCCGAGGCAAAUGUUCGCAUCAAUGGAGACCUCACGGAAGAGGAGGCCCUGGAACUGGCCUUGCAAGAGAGCAGGUCGGAAUCCCUCCCAGCUGCUUUCAUCGUGCCCUCAGUUGAGGAGGACCGGCAGGACACACCCGUCUCUGAUGAGGUUGGCCCUCUGCUAGAGCGGAUGAGCAUCGCGCCAUUGACCCAGGGAGAGGGUUCACCCGAUGACAACAUCUUGAGAAGACGAAGCCACACCCUCGGCCGCAGCGCGACUCCCGGCCCGAGCCACCACGCAGAAUCUGCCCCGCAGAAGCGUAGCCUGGACUCAAUGCACGACGGGGACGCCGACGAAGUCAUGAAGGAGCAAUCACCCCCAAAGCGCGAGAGGUUUGCUGGUACCGGAAACUCCAAUGACGGCGGUGUUGACGACCGGAAGAUUCCAAGCCGACUGCCUCGGUACUUGAGACCUCAGAGACCAUGUGAUGUUGAAGUCGACAAUGUUGCUGUUGGCCAGCGCGGUUCGGGUUCUCAUGAUGAUCAGCUCGAUUGGGACUCUUGGACGCUCUGA